GGUGAAUGCUCAUUCAUCUUCAGCAGCCUAGAGCGGAUGUGUCACUUCGAUCCACUCUGCAUCACUUCACGCAUCAAUGUCACAGGAAAAACAAAAUAUAUGUAGUUGGUAACUUGACCGAAGUGUUUGGUAGGAGCAGUGGACAUUAGAUGCGACAGGCGGUUUGGUGAAGAUUUGAAUAAUGCGAGAACGACCCUCGAACUUCCUUAUCUGGAAACAGUUUUUCUAACGAGGGAUUUAUCUGAAUCACACCCAGAAGGCAACAGGAAACCGUUUUGCGAUAAGGCCUAUAGGCAAGUGUAGCAAAAAAGAAAAAUGACUCAACUAUUUUACAAGAGAACUGACAACUCCACAUACAAUGACCGUCUCCCACUGCGGAUUGUGCGGGCAGAGGCUGAGCUCUCUCCCAUGGAGAAGGUCUACCUGGGGGCCGUAGAAAGAGGGGACUACGCGAGUGUAAAACAAGCGUUAGAGGAGGCUGAGAUCUACUUUAGAAUCAAUAUCAACUGCAUCGACCCGCUGGGACGCACGGCCCUCCUUAUUGCCAUCGAAAACGAAAACCUGGAGAUCAUAGACCUCCUGCUCAGCUAUAACAUCCAUGUGGGUGAUGCCUUGCUGCACGCAAUUCGUAAGGAAGUGGUGGGAGCCGUGGAGCUGCUUCUCAAUCACAAGAGGCCACGUGGAGAAAAACAGAUCCCCCCAAUUCUGUUGGACAGACAGUUUUCAGACUUCACUCCAGAUAUAACUCCAAUCAUCCUUGCAGCUCAGACAAACAACUAUGAGGUCAUCAAAUUGCUUCUGCAACGAGGUGUUUCCGUACCUCAGCCACAUGCUGUGCGUUGCAACUGCAUUGACUGCAUGUCCAACACAGACGUGGACAGCCUUCGUCGCUCACGUUCUCGUCUUAACAUCUACAAGGCCCUCUCCAGCCCAUCUCUCAUUGCCCUCUCCAGUGAAGAUCCAUUCCUGACAGCUUUUCAGCUCAGCUGGGAGCUGAAGGAGCUCAGCACAGUGGAGAAUGAGUUCAAGUCAGAGUAUGAAGAGUUGUCCCAAAUGUGCAAACAAUUUGCAAAAGACCUUCUGGACCAGACUCGAAGCUCCAAGGAGCUGGAUAUAAUUCUCAACUACCGUGAUGACAUCAAUCCUCUGAUGGAUGAGAACAGCAAUGACCUAGCCCGUUUGAAACUGGCAAUCAAAUACUCCCAGAAGGAGUUUGUUGCUCAACCCAACUGCCAGCAGCUUCUUGCGUCUCGGUGGUAUGAUGAGUUCCCAGGCUGGAGGAGGCGUCACUGGGCAGUGAAGCUCAUCACCUGUGCUUUCAUUGGCCUCCUCUUUCCAUUGCUUUCUGUCUUCUACCUGUUAUUUCCAAAGACUCGCUAUGGCCAAUUCAUCCGUAAACCUUUCAUUAAGUUUAUCUGCCACACUUCUUCCUACUUGACCUUCCUCCUCCUGCUCUUCUUGGCCUCACAGCAUAUCAACUCUGGGGACCCAAAAUGCCGGGCUGCCUACUUCCAGGGCCCAGCACCCACCACUGUGGAAUGGCUUAUCCUGCCUUGGGUGAUUGGUUUCGUAUGGGCUGAGAUCAAACAAAUGUGGGAAAGUGGUUUAAAGGACUACAUGGAUGAUUGGUGGAACAUAAUGGACUUCAUAAUGAACUCCCUGUAUCUUGCAACUAUUUCUCUAAAAAUUGUUGCAUAUACAAAGUUCAGAGGAUACAGUCUGAGAGACAACUGGGACAUGUUGCACCCCACAUUGAUAGCAGAGGCCUUGUUUGCCAUUGCUAACAUCUUCAGCACCUUACGUCUGAUCAGUCUUUUCACUGCCAACUCACACUUGGGUCCUUUACAGAUUUCACUUGGCCGAAUGCUUUUGGACAUUCUCAAAUUUCUGUUUAUCUACUGUCUCGUGCUUUUGGCUUUUGCAAAUGGCCUUAACCAGCUCUAUUACUACUAUGCAACAGAGGGUGAAAAGAACUGCUACGGUGUUCGAUGUCAAACCCAAAAUAAUGCCUUUUCAACGUUGUUUGAAACACUCCAAUCAUUAUUCUGGUCUGUGUUUGGCUUGAUUUCUCUCUACGUGACGAACGUGAAAGCGAACCAUACAAUUACCAAGUUUGUUGGCUCUACUAUGUUUGGCACCUACAAUAUAAUCUCCCUGGUGGUGCUUCUGAACAUGCUAAUUGCAAUGAUGAACAAUUCCUACCAGCAUAUUGCUGAUCAUGCAGACAUAGAAUGGAAAUUUGCACGGACAAAAUUAUGGAUGAGCUAUUUUGAAGAGGGCGGGACUUUACCAUCUCCGUUCAAUAUAAUACCGAGUCCAAAGUCUGUGUUCUAUCUACUGAGUUGGAUAAAAACAAAUGUGUUCAAGAAAUCAAGCAAAAAAUCAAUGCACACAUUUGAGACAUUAGGGGUGCGGGCAGCAGAAAAUGUCAGAUUAAACCAUGAAUAUCAGGCGGUAAUGAAGAACCUUGUGAAGCGAUAUGUUGCUGCAAUGAUCAGAGAUGCCAAAACUGAGGAAGGGUUGACGGAGGAAAACUUUAAGGAGCUUAAGCAAGAUAUCUCCAGCUUCCGCUAUGAAGUUUUGGGAAUGAUGAAGAGUAAACCUCACAGCGGGGGAACAAGUCCAGUUGCAAGCACAACAUUGGCUUAUCCUGGAAAUUCCUUCAAAUACUGUCGUAAACCUGCUGCCAAUGAGACUCAGAAAAAGUCACACACGUUUGAGGCAAAGUCCCCCACUAUACUUCAAAAUAAAGCUGCCAACACAACCAACUCUCCGGGCUCAAAUUAUCAAAACAAUUGUUCUGUUGUUGUGUGGAGUGCAGAAAAGACUGAGAUUGAAAUAUCAAAAGAGCAGUCAAAGGGUGAGUGCUCUCCAAAACAGGAGCAAACGUCCUUUCUGAAAUGUGAUGAAAUAAAUUCCUUGUUUGUGGCAUCUGGCAGGCAAAACCAAGACAACGCUUUGAGUGGUAAAGCAGAUGUGGAAGUCUCACAGAAUAUGAUCGCAGAAACUCAGGAAAUAGGGCUUUCUUGUACCGUCCUUUCUAAGGAAGUGACAAAUGGUCCAAAAAAAAUGCAGACCUGAGUCUGCAAGAAAGUAAAAUAAGGAACACACAGUAAAAUCAUUUAAUCUUCAUAUUUUAAAAAAAUAGCUUGUGAUAGACAAUAGCUAUACUACCAUACCAUACAUUGCAUUAAAUGAAUUAUAAAAGACCCAGUAAGAUAUCCUCUUUACGAAUUAUGUGAUUGCUCACCUGCUGCUCAGGAAAGUGAGUUUUCAGCAGUUAUGUUAUUUAGCUCUUACUUUGAACAUCUGUUUGGCUGUUACAAAAAAAGAAAAAAAGACUGUCUCUACCUACACAAAUAGUCAUACACUUGAAAAUUGUUAUUUUUGAUUCUAUGUAAUUGUGCAAGAAAAUCUGAAUCUAGUUUAAUUUAGAAAGUUAACACUAAGUAUAUAUAUUCCCCCAGCCUACUGUUUGAUCGAAUGUAUUGUUUAAUUUAGUCAUUACCUCAGAACAUCACAGAGCCUUGAAAAUUAGAGGCUUCUUGUACUUCACACAUAUCUUCAAAGAUGGUAAAGCUGUGAAAUGGAACAAUCUUAAGAGUGAUGUUAAGGAAGAGAAUGUGUGCAAAUUUUGAGAUUGGUUUCAGGAUCUGCUUUCUAAAGAUCUGUGUUUUAUAUCUUUUGGGCUUAUGAGCUUUGACAACUUUUACUAUGAAACAUUAUAAAUACUCACUAAUAAAGUAAAGCAAAAUGUUA